CAAAUAUGUAAAUAUGGACUCAGAUGAAUCAGGCCCCGACACGGAGUCUGUCGUUUCCUCCGUCGCGUCCGGCGUUUCUAAAAUUUCGUCGACGAGCUCGACGACGUAUCUUACGGGCUACACACCGGUAGCAUGGUGGCGACUCUCAUUCCGCACAAUCGUCUUAACGCUUCUACCGCUAAUAUCACUCCUCGGAGGAUAUGGGACUUGGUCACUGGGAGCGAGCAAUGGCACGUUCGACACCCUGAUCGCGCUCCUUGGUCACGAUAAUCCGAGAUUUCCUGGGACGGAAGACCCACUCUUGAUGCAGUAUACGGGCCUCAAAGCUUUGGAUCGCCAGUUAGCUGUUCUGGUUGCAUUCUUUGCGCCUGUGGUAGAUGUCAAGAAUCCUGCGCUGAACCUAUUUGCCAUCUGGGGACUUGGGCAGUUUGGUGCAGUGUGGACGCUGAUGGUAAUGGAGAGUAUGAGGAUGGGGAAUAAGGGGAAGGCUGUUAGCUUUAUCGGACUCGUCGGCCUCAUCAUGCAGAACGUCACCCUCACCAUCACCGCACCCCUCUGGCUCUUCGCCCACCUCCUCACCUCACCAGUCUCGAAGCCCUUCCCCGGAGCACAUGCCAGCAGUGUGCUUCUAGUCUCCUCCCUCGACUUAAAAAUCCUGCCCAUCUCAAUAACACUCAGCUACCUGCUCCCCUCCAUCCUCAUGGCUCUCCCCUCGCCCGAAUUCUUCACGCCAGAAACACACCAACGCCUCCUCGCUCUCUGGCAAGCAUUCCCGCUCCUUACCGUUCUAAUCCACCGCAUCGUCCAUUCUACCACCAACCGCCUGACUCUCUAUUUCUUCCCCAUAGACCCGCAUUCCCGCCCACCAACACCGCUCGGGACAUCCUACCUCCACAACACAAAGCACAUCUACCGCUUCGUACUCACACUCUGCACUCUAACACACCUGCCAGUCCUCGUCCUUGCACUCUUCCCUGCCACUCUGCUCCCAUCGCUUUCCCCUCUUGAUCCAUUCACAUCCUCUCCCUUCCUCACUCUCCUAAACCAAACACCAUCUACCAUUUUCAUCCCUCAGUUGCCAUUCCCGAACCAAAAAGCCUCAGGGCUGGCACAAGGAGUCCAGACAUUCCUGCAAUACGAUAUCUACAUCGCAUCCUCGGCAUUCAUCCUCUGGGCAGUGUUGCUUUACCGCAACGCGACGACGGAAAAGGCGAUUGUGGAUCCGAAUACGAGUUUGCCUAUUUAUCGGGAGCUGCUUACAGGGGAGAAGAGAAGGGGUGGUGGUGAAGAGGGGAGGAGGGAGUGGAGGAAGUUGGGGGUUAAGGUUGUGGGGUGGGGCAUGUUAGCUGGUCCGGCGGGGGUUGUGGGACGGUUACUUUGGGAGAGGGAUAGUAUUGUGAGGUUGAAGAUUAAGCAGGGGUUGUGAGUGUUGAGUGGAUGGGUGGAGAAAGAUGGAGUGUAGUUGGGCUGGAGAAAAUAAUGCGGGAUGCACUGAAUGGCGUUAGGUGUCCGGAUCUAGUUUGCAAAUUAAGAGAAGUUGAUGUAGUGCAAGAAUGCUCGGUCACAGCACCAAAUGACUGGUUGAGACAAGGACAAAAUAGUAAAUAAAUUUUUGUGUUGAUUUGUGUCUGUUGAGGGCCGCAUCGCGACCUCUGUGGUUGGUAUUUAAUCUCGAGGAGC